AUAGGAAGAGUCAGCAUUCUGGGUAAUAAAUCUAAUAGUAGCCGGCAAAUCCUUGACAAGUUCAAUAGAAUCAAAAGUUGAUACUGCAAACAAAAUAAAAACAAUUAGAAGAAGCCGGCAUUGUUUUACAUUUAGGAAGAGGCUCAAAGCACAAUCAGAAGAAUAUCAGAGAUUCCACAACAAUCCAACAGCCUGAAAUAUUCGACAAAAUAUCCCUGGUUCCUUGCUUACUUCUCCAGGAUUCUCCGAAGCAUCUCCAUAAGCAUAUGAUCAUUUUAAGGUGCGUUUAUUGAACGCUUUUGUUGAUAAUCAGGCAGUUAAGUCUUAAGGAGAUGGAGCAAUUUAGGCAGAUAGGAGAGGUGGUUGGAAGUUUAAAAGCAUUGAUGGUCUUCCGCGAGGAAAUCCAAAUUAAUCAGAGGCAAUGCUGUUUGUUACUUGAUAUGUUUACCUGUGCCUACGAAACCAUUGCAGAAGAGAUGAAACAACACCUGAAAUAUGAAGAGAAAAAUACGAAAUGGAAGGUUCUUGAACAACCAUUAAAAGAGCUUCACAGGGUGUUCAAAGAAGGAGAAGUGUAUAUUAAACAAUGUUUGGAUACUAGGGAUUGGUGGGCGAAGACAGUUACCCUUUAUCAGAACAAGGAUUGUGUAGAGUUUCACGUACACAACUUGCUAUGUUGCAUUCCAGUUGUCAUUGAAGCCAUUGAGGUUGCUGGAGAUAUGUCUGGUUGUGACCAAGAUGAGAAGCAAAAGAAGAGAGUUUUAUACUCGAUGAAGUAUCACACACAAAAUAAAGAUCCCAAGAUUUUUCAGUGGAAAUUUGGGAAACAAAAUCUGGUUUCGCAGGAUUUUAUUAGUAGGCUAGAGACAGUUUGGGAGGAAGAUAGAUGGAUUCUCCUUAGGAAAAUCCAGGAGAAAGGGAAUUUGAGUUCAGAGAAUUCGACAAAGCGAAUACAAAGACUUAAAGAACUCCUUUUCAAGAAUUUAAAUGAUGGGGGUGAAAGAUUGGAGGGUAAGCUCUUGCCAUGCUCUAUAUUGGUUGGUUCAAAGGAUUAUCAGGUGAGGAGGCGAAUAGGCGGUGGAAGCCAAUACAAGGAGAUCCAGUGGUUGGGAGAAAGCUUUUGUCUAAGACACUUUUUUGGAGACAUCGAGCCAGUGAUUCCUGAGAUAUCUCAAGAAUUAUGUCUUUCACACCCUCAUAUAAUGCACACGUUUUGUGGGUUCACUGAUGAGGAAAAAAAGGAGUGUUUUCUGGUUAUGGAACUCAUGACCCGUGAUCUCUCUAGCUACAUGAAAGAAAUUAGUGGUGCAAAAAAGCGAGUUCCAUUCUCUCUUCCAGCUGCAGUUGAUCUUAUGCUUCAGAUUGCAAGAGGAAUGGAGUAUCUACAUUCAAAGCAAAUUUACCAUGGAAAUCUUAAUCCUUCAAACAUCCUUGUGAAAGCAAGGAAUCCCCCACUGGAUGGUUACUUGCACGCAAAAGUUUCAGGAUUUGGUUUAUCAUCUUCUUUUAGUCUUGCACAAAAAUCUUCUGCAGCCCAAAAUGAAUCAAAUCCUUCUAUCUGGUAUGCUCCGGAAGUUCUGGAGGAACAAGAUCAGGCAGAUGAUAUCAAAUCCAAAUACACUGAAAAAGCUGAUGUGUACAGCUUUGGAAUGAUAUGCUUCCAACUUUUAACUGGUAAAGUACCUUUUGAAGAUGGCCAUCUGCAAGGAGAUAAAGUGAGUCACAACAUAAGGACUGGAGAGAGACCAUUGUUUCCAUUUCAAUCACCAAAAUACGUAAUGAGCUUGACUAAAAGAUGUUGGCAUUCUGAUCCUACUCAACGACCAAGUUUCUCUUCAAUUUGUAGGAUUCUCCGAUACAUCAAGCGUUUUUUAUUGAUGAAUCCUGACCACAGCCAACCAGAAGCUCCAAUGCCAGUGGUAGAUUACACUGAAAUAGAUGCAAAGCUUCGACAAACCUAUGCCUACUGGGAAAGUUCAGAUUUAUUGCCAAUAUCGGAUCUGCCAUUUCAAAUUUUCAGUUACAGAAUAGUUGAGAAGGAGAAAUCUGUAUCAAGUCAAAGAGAAACUUCUGAAUCAGGAAGUGAUGUCACUUCAACAGCUGGAGAUGACAACUUGAUAUUGGACGAAUCAUUUUCACCUGUAAUCGAGAGGAGGACCGUCAUUUCCCCAGAUAGUCUUGCACCUAGGCCUAAGAGAAUUUCAUCACUGAAGAAGAUUCCAGAUCUGAAACAGAGCAAAAGUCCAGGAACGCCCAAAUCACGGUCAGUGAGACCUCCAAAAACAACAUCAGCAGGACGCGCUCUGAGGAUGAAUUCUGAAAGGGUGAUGAGUCCAAGACCACGUAGAUCAUCUGGCCAUGUAUCCGAUUCUGAGCUCUGCUAGGUUGGUGUUAUAUAGUCUUCCCUGAUUGAACAAGCGACUCAGCGAUACAAUACUCUUCCCUUGCCAUGCAUUUAUUACCUAUCCAUAAUGGAGCUGCUGACACCUUCAUCGGAAUUUAAAGCUACUGAGCAGAGGAACUCCAAAACGCACAACUAUCGGUAUUUCUCGAAAAGUAGUGCUGCAUGCACAAAAUUGAAUACAAAAUUUUGCACAAAAUGAUAUGACAAUUGAGGUGGAAUGUUCUAAUUAGUACUAUUAGUGCAGGGUCAUUCCAACGGAAAUUUCAUUUUGUGAAAAAUUUUGUAUUCAAUUUUAUGUAUGAAGCAUUUUUUUUCUUCGGAAACUCUCAAAAAGGACUACAGGGGUGACAUAGGCUACUGCUCUUGAUUGUCAAGGAUGCGGAUAAAUGUAAGAUCAUUCAUCUCUGUUGAGAAUUUUUGAUUCAGCUACCAAGCAUUCACCGAUGACCACAGCAUUAAAGCAUGAGAGUCAUCGAGUUGCUUACACCGAAUCAAAACUCAAAUUCAAAUCAAAAUGGAGUUGUUUCGUUUCCAGUUUCUCUUCCAAUUAAGACUUUUAAUCUUUUAUAUCUUAGCUGCCCGGAAAGGCGGAAACGUAAUCUCUCUUGUUUAUUAAAUGUUCAAAACUUGUACAAUUCCACGUCUAGAUGGAAAUGUAGGGGAGAAAUUCA